CAGAGUUUGACCAGCCUCGUUGGAGGACGGUCGUGCGUUUGGUUUGCAGUGUCUGUGCGCGGAAUUUCCCUUCAGGCGUCUUGUGCCUGAACGCAGUAAUUCUCCUCUGCUAGGGCCCUGGAAGAGAGGAUCUACAGAAGUGAGCUUCUGCAGCAUCGGCUAAUCCAACACGGAUACACAUCUGUGACGAGCAGAGAUUACAGCCAGAAGUAGUAGGCUUGCGGUAUCGCCCCGGCUUCCUGCCGCUGCUAUCUCCAGCCCCUGCCCCUGGCCGUGCCGCCGCCACCGCCCACGCAGCAACCGCCGCCAAUGUGAAGGCCGCCUUCCAGGAACGCCGCCUCAGUCCCAUCCUCGUGCCACAGCGGCCGCGGGGCCUGGAUCACUGCGCGGGUGGUGAUGCUGCAGUCAACCUGGCUCCCCCGAGCGUGGUGACGUCAGUGGGCGCCAUGAAGGCGGUGGACGGCGCGCAGGCGGCGGCCGAGGUGGAGGCGCAGCCGCCCCCGGUCGCCCCACGACAGCCGACGGCCAAGGCCCGCAGCGGCGAGCCCCCGGCCGUGGGGGCGGAAGCUGGCCAGAUUGCUGAUACAGUGUCAUGUGGGUCAGAACAGAGCCGUGCUUCUGCUAAUGGAACUGCCUAUACCUCCCAAGGCAAAAUCCGAAAGUACAAUGCUGCUUCUUCAUCAGGUGGAUACCUAGUUAACGGAGAAGCAUGCCCAACUGUGGAAGUGGUUAGGCCUGCGAGUGAAAAGUACAGAGGAGAAAUCUCAAAGGAGUACCUUAAAAAUUCGAAUCUCAAACUUGCUAACUGCAGUGAACCUGAUAUACCUGAAAGCAAAGUUUCUGGCAGGGAGGAUAUAAUGAAUGGUAAACUAAGUACAGAGCAAGCACAGAGCCUUUCUUCUGUUAUUCAGGCACGAAGAAAGAUACAAGUCCCAAAGGAUAUAUUUGAGUUCAAAAAUGAUGAUGAUUAUGUAAUGAUUUCACUUACAAGUAAUAAACUGAAUACUCAUGAAACUGGUUACUUGAAUGGUGACAGUCUUCUUGGCAGGCUGGCGGAAAGUAAGAUAGUGAAUGGAAAUGCAGCAGAUAUUGAACUGAAAAAUGGUUUCAUCAAUGGAGAUGCCUCACCAGAGGACCAUUUGCAGAAUGAUGAGCUUACAGCUACAGGACAAAAGGACCCUAGUCUCUCUGGCGAUGCCCUUGAUAUAAAGCACAAGACAGAUACAAACGAAUCUCAUGACGAGGUAGAAAGAGAUACGAAAAACGACAAUUUAGGUGCCAGCAUGCCUGAUGUUAUUUGUGGAAGUGAGAUACGUAAUGAGUCUUACACAAAAAAGAGACAAAGUCUUCCUGAAAAUGACCUUGGUGUAAUUUGUGACAAACCAAUCAGUAAUGGGUGUGAGGAUGAGACUGAUUAUGCCAAGGGCAAUGAUGAAAUUACACUUUCCGGAUCUGAAUCUCCAACUUCACAGUGGGAUCGUGCUGUAUCUGAAGUGAAGGAGCAGGCAAUAGCACGACUUCAAGAAGAACUGCACAAGGCCCAUCAAGAACUGAAGCUCCGGGAUGAAGAAGUCAGCAGGUUGAGCCGUAUUCGUCAGGAGGUUGAAGGAGAACUGGAAGAACUCACAGCUAGCCUGUUUCAAGAAGCACACAAUAUGGUUCGUGCAGCAAAUGUAAAACAAGCAGCAGCUGAAAGAUCACUGAAAGAGAGUCAAAUGCAAGUGGAAGUUUUGAUGGCUGAAGUAGCAGCUUUGAAAACUUUGGUCCUCACCUCCACACCUAGCAGACCCAACCCUCACCUUCAUCCUCAAAUAGACAAUAGAGCAAGCAGGAGUAAGGAUGAUGCUACCCCAACAGGUGUUGGGUUGUUCAACAAAAAACAUAGGAGAUCUCCAUCACAUUAUAAUUUGAAAUAUGGCAGAGAAAAUUCUCCACCAGAGUCUCCAGUAAAAGAACAACAAGUGAUACCCCCCGAACCAAGUGACAACAAAGAUGGAUGGGAAGUUGAUCCAAAUAUUCACAAAGAAUUUGUCGCAUGGAAACAGAACCCCAAGCUGGACAAAUCAGAUCCAUUCAUUGCAAGGAUAUAUAAUGAAGACAUAAAUCUGUGUCUUGAUUUUCCAAAUGGAGAACUGGCUGCCAAAGUACGGGAUGCUGUUGAAGAAGGAAAUAUUUUUAUUGAAGCAGUCAGUGACAAAAGCAAAACCAUAUUUCCUAAAAAAUGUGCCCUACUUGAAACUCCGAGGCAGUGUCAUUACAGAAUGAAACUAGGUGACCAGGAGCAAUGGCAUUAUAUCUCCCAGAUCUGCAGGAACAGGAUCAUAGCUGUCUGCGAUUUCUUGAAUUACUUGAGAUACAUUGAACGAGGCUUGGUCAAAAGCUCAGUGCAUGAUAUAUACUGGGAGAUAACAAGACUUCGAAAAGAGAUGGUUCUUGCAAGACUGGGCCUAGCAUUAUCAUCAUAAUCAAUCUUAUGUUAAUAGAUAAUGUGUAAAUUAAUUGUAUGUAACUUGAGAGCCAUGUUUUUGCUCUCCACAACAGUGAAACCAAAGAGAUUAUCAUUGUGAUGUAAAAAGUUAAGGUGCAUGUAAACAUUUACAGAUGAAUUUAUAGGAUUCUUUAGUGAAAUGUAAAGUGUAAUCGUACCUCGUUUUUGUACAGGCAGCCACUGUACAGCUAUAGGUUAAGUAAGAAGAAGAAUAAUAAUAAAAAUAAAAAUACUUGUAAUUGAAGAUCGUUAUGUCCAGUAUGUUGUAAGUAAAGCUUAUUUAUAGUGUUCAUAUAUUUAAUAUGCAUAUAAGAUUGAAAUACUCAUAUCACUAUCCUGCAACUUGUGUAUGAUACACCAUUCAGCUGGAACAUGAGCUCUUUGAACGGGUUUAUACAUAUCCAGACAACUUUUAUCAUCUUUUCCUUUUAUUACCCCUGUAAAUUUUUUCCACAAGAGGAUGAUUAAGAAUAGAGGCAGUUAUACAGUUAAUCAUUUUCAUCUGUCACCUACAUUUUUAACUCUUCUCUUGAAUUACAUAAUCCUGUAUUUAUAUGUACAAAGUUACAUGUGCAGCAUAGGAGAGAUAUUUAUAUCAACUGUUAUUUCAUAUUUGUUACAUGUCCUACAUUAAAACAAAAUAAAGUACUGUUCCGUUGAAAGAUUUA